AUGGCAGAGCAAACUGAAAUGGAGAUCAAUGAGGUUGCGUUUCUAAACUUGCUUUAUGCGUGUAGCCAUUCUGGUUUAAGAGACAAAGGGCUUGAGUUGUUUGACAUGAUGGUGGAAAAAUACGGGUUCAAGCCCGGUUUGAAACACUACACUUGUGUGGUGGACUUGCUUGGUCGAGCAGGCAGUUUGGAUCAAGCCGAGGCAAAAAUAAGGUCUAUGCCAAUCAAACCAGACACCAUUAUAUGGAAAACACUGUUAUCUGCGUGUAACUUACACAAAAACACAGAAAUGGCACAGAGAGUCUUUAAAGAAAUUCUUCAGAUUGACCCUAAUGACUCCGCUUGUUACGUCCUGCUUGCAAAUGUUCACGCCUCAGCUAAGAGAUGGCGUGAUGUCUCAGAGGUGAGAAAAUUAAUGAGAGAUAAGAAUGUGAAGAAAGAAGCUGGAAUCAGCUGGUUUGAACACAAAGGUGAAGUGCAUCAGUUUAAGAUGGGAGAUCGCUCUCAAUCUAAAUCCAAAGAGAUCUAUUCAUACCUGAAAGAACUGACUCUGGAGAUGAAGCUGAAGGGAUACAAGCCGGAUACAGAGUCAGUGUUGCAUGAUAUGGAUGAGGAGGAGAAAGAAUCAGACUUGGUACAGCACAGCGAGAAACUAGCGGUUGCAUUUGCGCUCAUGAUAUUACCUGAAGGUGCACCGAUUAGAAUAAUCAAGAACUUGCGGGUUUGCAGUGAUUGCCAUGUUGCCUUCAAAUAUAUAUCGGUGAUCAAGAACCGAAACAUCACGUUAAGAGAUGGUAGUAGAUUCCAUCAUUUCAUUAACGGAAAGUGUUCUUGCAGCGAUUAUUGGUAGCCUGGCAGUUAAAGUAUGCUAUGACGCCGUGAUUCAGAGUCUUUCUGGAGUGUUAAGCACUCGGAUUGGAUCAGGAAGCCAUUUGGGACGAAAGCAUUCAGCAACAAGGGUAAAUUUUUGUAUACAUGUUGGGUCAUAUGGACACUGGUCACAAGACUCAGAUUCUUUACAUUGCGGGUAGUAGUAGCUUUGUAGUCUACCUUGAGAUUGCUCCUGCGUGUGUUAUUCUUGAGUCAGGCGCAGAAAGUGGUUUGCUUUCAACUUUACUUGCUCUACCCAUCUCCGCAAGUAGAAUCAGGAUGGUGUGAGUUCUCUGCUCUUUCUCACCAUGCACUGAGCAAGUAGAAUGCACUUGCGAAUCCCUCCGAUUAGAUUUCCUACGUAACGUUCGUUAACUUCAACAGCACCAAUUUACUAAAUAUGUGCUAACCAAUUGUCAUAAGCGUGUAGUUCCUCAUUCAUUUUUAUCUUAAUGCAAGUUUUUGCUUUAUUAUAAUUUGUUAAGUUUUGCAUAGAUGUGUUUUACUCCCUCCGUUCUUUAGUUGCUAUUUGAGGAGAAUUUUUUUGUUUUUAUAUUAUUGAUGUAUGCAACUUUUCAUGCAAAACUAAUUAGUUUA